GAGUAUCACCCACACAAUUCAAAACAUGUGGGUACAUGACAGGACUUGUCCUGUGAAUUUCGUUUUCUUUUCUGCUGCUGUAACAUUUUUAUAACACUCCCUGCUGUUUCAGUCUCUCCAGUUUGAAUGCCUGACAUCUCCGGGAAAACAACAACAACAACAACAACUUGGUCCUUGCUGGAGCUCAUCCAUGUGAAACGAGGAGCUCCCCACCCUCCCCCACCAGCAUGCUGUCAUCCUAUCACUACGAAGUAUGUAACAGGGUGCAGACAUGUCGCCGUUUGGCCGUAAGAAAGGAAAGACUCUCUGCAUGAUAAUAUUGAUCAACAUCUUCAUCUGUGUUUUGGUGGGCAUCUUGUGGACAUUUGGGCACAACAAAGACGAUCCAAAGAGGGUUCGGAUUCCAUCCCAGAGGUUUUGGCGCCCUCAUAUAAUGAGUAAAUCCUUCUGGAACAAGGAGCAGGAGCGCCUGGACGUGAUUAACAACCCGCUUAUCAACUCUGAACUCUUCUCUAACUCCCUCAUUGCUCUGCCAGAUUGGCUUAAUGAUACUGGACCUCUUGACCUGUGCGAAAAGGAUUUUAGAGUCCCAAGGCAAAUCAUAGACUAUAACACACUACCAAAGCGGUUCCAGGACUUUCUCCUACACAUGCGGUGCAGGACUUACCCAAUGCUGAUUAAUCAGCCCCACAUAUGUGAUAAAACACCUUUCCUUCUCCUGGUGGUCAAGUCACUGAUCCCUCAUUUUGACCGGCGACAGGCCAUUCGCCAGACGUGGGGGCAAGCUGGUACCUUAGCCAAUAGACCAGUGAGAACAGUGUUCCUGCUAGGCAGUGCUUCAUCUGAGGACAACUUUCCAAACCUGCAGGGAAUGCUUGACCAUGAGGCAAAGCUUCACCAAGACCUGCUUCAAUGGGACUAUAGGGACACGUUCUUCAACCUCACCCUCAAAGAGGUCCUUUUUCUACAAUGGUUUACCAAGCAUUGUCCUCAAGCUCGGUACGUUCUAAAGGGUGAUGACGAUGUCUUCGUCAAUACCUUCAGGAUUAUUGACUACCUAAAAGGCUUGUCUGAGGGCAAGGCGAAAGAUUUGUUCAUUGGGGAUGUUAUAAUAAAUGCAGGUCCACACAGAGACAAGAAGCUGAAGUAUUUUGUCCCUGAGAGUGUGUUUGUGGGGCAGUACCCACCCUACGCUGGUGGGGGAGGUUAUAUGUUCUCUGGGAAUUUAGCAAUACGCCUGUGCAACAUUUCUCAGCAGGUUGUCUUGUAUCCAAUUGAUGAUGUCUACACGGGGAUGUGUUUGAAGAAACUGGGCCUGGUCCCUGAGAAGCACGGAGGCUUCAAGACGUUUGGCAUUGAAGAAAAAUACAGAGACAGUCCAUGUGUCUACAGAGACUUGAUGCUGGUUCACAGCGUAACGCCACAGGAGAUGCUGAAGAUCUGGUCAUGGGUUGUCCACCCUCAUAUCAGCUGCAACUGACCUGUUUUAACAGGUCUUUGUGCUAACAGUCUAUUCUGCAUUUAAUUCAGUACUUGAAAGAAAUCAUAAUUUAUUGCUUUAAAAAG